AUGAAGUUCAACUCUCUCGCCGUCGCUGCCUCUAUGGCCCUCACUGCCUCCGCGCAGCCUACUGCCACCCCCGAGACCUUUGGCCUCAUCGCCAUCCACUCUGGCUCUGGUGUUCAGAACUCCGGCUUCAACGCAGCCAAGGGCAGUCUUUUCGCCGGUCUUAGUGGCCAAAACGCUACCUGCGAGGGCUCCGAUGAUGGUUUCGCCACCUUCUACAUCAAGGAUGAAGCUCUGUUCCUCUACGGCCCCUCUGGCAGCACCCAGCAGGCCUACGUCGACCGCUCCGGCAUGGGCCAAGGCAAGCUCGGAUAUACCACUGGCGACGAGCCCGGUCCCCGCAACGGAGAGCGCACUGGCUGGGCCAUCGACAAGAGCAACCACCUCCAGUUCGACGGUAGCAGCCUCAUCGCCUGCCCCAACAGCAUUGGCGGCGCCUACAGCAUCUGGGUCUCUGCUGGAGUGACCAACCCUGGUGGCAACGAGAACUGCGUUGGCGUCGCUGCUCGUGUCGAGAAGAGCGAUAAGCCUGUUCCCUGCACUUACUCUUAA